UUGACCGGUUUGGAUCUCCUCCGCGGAGAAUCCAUGUAGUUGACAUUUUCUCGGAAAAGCAAAAGAGAAAAAAGAAACGAAAAGUAAAGAAAAUCUCUUCCUUGUUUUCUCCUCUCGUUUCACCUUCAGGUUUGGAGGCGAAGAUGGAGGAGCUCUUCGAUCUCGUUGAGUUUCUGAGGAGGCCUUCGAUAACCGAAACAUUCGUCGACAUUUUGCUCUGCGCAGUUCCGAUUUGGCUGGCUGUGAUGAUCGGCAUGGCGAUCGGGUGGUCGUGGAGGCCGCGGUGGACGGGGCUCGUCUUCCUCGGCCUCCGGAGCAAGUUCCGCUUCCUCUGGACGGCUCCGCCGGGGUUCGGUGCUCGCCGCCUCUGGCUUGCCUUCACGGCUCUCUCCGCUUUUUCUCUCUGUCGCAAGAUCUGGUCAAAUUUUCGCAGCAAGGGCAAGGUAUCGCCGCCCAGCCCUCCGGAAUCGGCGGUCGCGUUAUCCGCCGAGAACGGUGGCGAUGCUAUUGACCUCUGCACUAAAUCUGUUGAAAGAGAGCAGGAUGUAAUCACAGAUAAUGAUUUAGAGCACCUGCUGCAAUUUCUCAGUGGGAGAGAUGGAGAAAUGGAAUGGCAGAGUAUGAUGGAGAGGUCUACCCAAAAUAUGUCAUACCAAGCAUGGCGCCAUGAACCUGAGACCGGCCCAACAGUUUACCGUAGUAGGACUGUGUUUGAGGAUGCAACUCCAGAGUUGGUGAGAGAUUUCUUUUGGGAUGAUGAAUUUCGUCCUAAAUGGGACCCUAUGCUUGCAUUUUUUAUAAUAUUGGAAGAAUGUCCUCAUACUGGGAUAAUGAUUGUUCACUGGAUUAAAAAGUUCCCCUUUUUCUGCAGUGAUCGAGAAUAUAUAAUUGGUCGAAGAAUAUGGGAGGCUGGAAAAUCUUAUUAUUGUGUAACAAAGGCUGUUCCGUAUCCAGGAUUACCAAAGCGUGACAAGCCUAGACGUGUUGAGCUUUAUUUUUCAAGCUGGUUUAUCAGAGCUGUGGAGUCUCGUAAAGGAGAUGGGCAGUUAUCUGCUUGUGAGGUUACCCUUUUACAUUAUGAAGACAUGGGGAUCCCAAAAGAUGUGGCCAAGUUGGGUGUACGCCACGGGAUGUGGGGUGCGGUAAAGAAAUUGCACUCUGGCAUGAGAGCCUACCAGAACGCGAGGAAAUCAGAGGCUUCUUUCUCUCGAAGCGCCUUGAUGGCCAGAAUCACCACGAAGAUACCCUUAGAUGGAAGCAUGGACUGCUUGGCGCCAACAUCUGGUGAAGAAAAAGUUGAACCAGUACACGAUGGGAGACAAAAGGAUAAUGGAAUUGAUUGGAAAUGGCUAGUUCUAGGUGGAACAGUGGCUCUGGUUUGUGGACUUCACUCGGGGGUAAUAGGAAAAGCGUUGCUACUUGGUGCAGGGAAGAGAAUUGCACUAAGAUGAGGAUUAUAUACUAUAUUAGUAAGACUAGAAUUCGGAAAGUUGCAUCUCUUAUAAGCUUAUCAUGAAAAUUUAUUUGCGUAUUGACAAAUACUAUUAAUUAGACCAAUUGUACAUGGUUUAAGUUUUGGUAUCAAUAUCAGUGUCGCCCGUUUGUUGAUUC